AUGGGACCUCCAUCUUCACCCUCCUCUACCAUCACUUCCCCACCCGACUACCAUGAAACCGCUCGGAGGUUGGCUAAAUUAAUUGCAGAGGCUAUGACCUGCCCCAUCGCCCUCCUACACUAUGACAGCGCCUCAAAAUCCAUGACAGAAUGGUGUUGGAUUGUCUCCACCUUUGGAGAGCUCCCCUUCGCUUGGAAGCCCCCCCCCCCCCCAUUGGAGGGCUCCCCCCCUUCAUCACUCGGUCAACCCCCCUUUGCACAGGAAGAACCAGUGCACAAUGUUUUAGAUCUCCUCACCACCCCUGCUGACAUCCAAGAAGCCUUUUACAAGGCAUUCCAAACGGAAUUGGACAUGCAGUCGGAGCUGAUGCUGGAUCUGCUCAUCUUGCAGGCCAAGAUGCGCCGCACCGAAACUGAGAUAACACUGUAUACCCUAGCUCUUGAGAACACUCACGCAUUCAAUUUCUCUGACCACAGUUCACAAACAUUCUGGGAUCGAUCUAUCCUACGGCCUAUAUUAUCCAAUGAGCUACACCACUGCGAUGUGGACGCUGACGAUGAUACAGACCAAUUACAUCACAACGACUUUGAAGUUUGGUAA